UCCACACAUUCCUAGAGCUGCUACAGCAUUUUGUUACAGUUGAAACAAAGCCAUGGACCCUGAGUACUUCAAAUCUCAUGCAUGUUGAAAUGCUGGAAUGCUGCACUGUGAACUCAUGUUUCCAGUUAAAUUUAAGGAGAUGUGUUGGGGUACCCUUGGAACGGUGCGACCCUUCUCCAAUUUUCACCCUGCCCGGGAUGUCAUGGAGAUCCAGACAGCGCUGGAGAAGAAAGAUGCAGUGACUCUGGUGAGAAUCCUAACCAACCGGACCAAUGCUCAGAGACAAGUGAUCGCCAAGACCUUUCAAGAAAUAACGCAAAAGGACCUGUCAGCUGGUGUGAAAAAAGCUCUGGCUGGAGAUCUGGAGAUUCUACUGCUGGAGCUGCUGAUGCCUCCUCUGGAGCAUGAGGCUUAUCGCCUGCAACAGGCCAUGGCGGGUAUAGGCACAGAUGAGGAAACACUACUGGAGAUCCUGUGUACGCGAUCCGGAAAGCAGCUUCACGAAAUCAGUGCUGUUUACAAAAAAUUGUAUAAGACGGACCUGGAGAAGGAACUGAAAGGAGAAACCCGUGGGGACUUUACUAAGCUUGUUUUGGCUUUGUUGAAUAAACAAGACAUUGCUGGUGGGGUCCAAAGAGAUAUUGAGGCUCUCUCCGCUUCACUGAGUGGGAAAAAAGCUGAUUCAGGGCCGUGGAUUGACAUACUGACCUCUAGAGACUCAGACCAUCUUAACAAAGUGCUGUUGGGACUGGAGCUGGAGAUAGGACAGAUGGUGGAUCAGGCUCUGGAGAAAAAAUUUACAGGAGACUUUCAACUGGGUUUGCAGGUUUUAGUACAGUGCAUUCAGAGCCCUGACGUCUACCUCGCUAAGAGACUUACUACCACAAAAACACCGAUACUGCAGAGCAUUAUGGUGUCUCACUCUGAGGAAGAUCUGCUGUGUAUCCGAGCUGCCUACCUCAAACUAACAGGCACUUCUCUCUACACUGCUCUACAGAAACAGUUCAAAGGAGAUCAUCUACAGGCUCUGCUGGCCAUUUGUCGGUCUGAAGAUUGAACAAAAGCUGCACAUUUUAAGAAGCUGCAUUUUUUAUUAAUUUAGUUGUUAUUCUUUCCCCUGAAUCAGUCUGUGAUAAUGCCAAAAUAAAAUGUAUGUCUAUUGCUA